AUGGUUAUUGUUAACACAAAGUACAUGCAUAAGAUAUCAAGAAGAGUGACAUGGGUUGCUCCAGACGGCAUCACUAAGAACCAGAUUGACUACAUCCUGGUUGAAAAGAAAUGCUCUAGUAGCAUAAACGGUCACAAAACAAGAUCUUUCCCAGGAGCUGAUGUGGGCAGUGACCACAAUCUUGCUAUGACAACAAUGAAGUUGAAAUUAAAGAAAAUACAACGACCCCCAUCUUCGAGGAUAAAAUAUAACACCAGCCGACUGAAAAAUGCAGAGACACUGGAAACCUGUAAAAUAAAAAUAGGUGGGAAGUUUGCACCGCUGCUGGAAAUGACAGAAAUACAAGAGAAAUGUGAACAAGCCUUCGAGAAAAACGAUUCAAGAACUGCAUACAAAGUAAUUAAAGAGCUAACCAACGAAAGAGCAGCAAGAGUAAUAGUAAUUGAAGAUGCAGAUGGAAAACUGCUAACUGAAGCAAUCAAAAUUCAAAAGAGGUGGACUGAGUACAUUCAAGAACUUCACAAUUACCCGAUCUCAACUGACAGUAACAUCUUACAUGUAUUGGAACAAGAAGGCCUAGAGCUACUGAAAUAUGGAGAUGGUACAAUCGAAAUUCUGUACAAAAUAUGCAACUUGGUGUGGAAAAAUGGAAAAUGGCCUACACAAUGGACGAAAUCAUUAAUAGUGCCACUUGCAAAGAAGGGUGAUCUGAAGAAAUGUACCAACUAUAGAACAAUUAGUCUUAUCAGUCACCCGAGCAAGGUGUUGUUGAAGGUCAUCAGCAACAGAUUGAAGACGAAAGCGGAGAACAUUCUGGCUGAAGAACAAGCUGGAUUUAGAAGCGGACGAAGCACCAGUGAACAAAUUGCAAAUGUCAGAAUAUUAGGCGAAAAAGAUCGUGACCACCAGAUGGAGAUACAUCAUAAUUUUAUCGAUUUCAAAAAGGCGUUUGACAAGAGUAUGGAGAAAAGCACUGUGGAUAAGCAAAUCAUGGCAGACACACUUGAGAAUUACUCAGGUACAAAGUAUCUGGAAAACAGAUUACAAACCUUAGAUUUGCGGAUGAUAUUGACCUCAUUGCCGGAUCUAAAGCGGAAUUAG